AUGUCGCGCUGGAUACUCGACCGAGAUGUCGCGGUGGAUACUCGACGUGGCGUGCCGCAUGUCCAUCACAGCCAGGUGGAGGUGGAGCUGUCCGCAUCGGGGGUGCUGGUCGCCUCGCUACUGCUGCUCGCCUCCCCGGACAUCGCGGACCCCGUGCGUGGCGCCCUGCGCCUGCGCACCGCCGAGUCGCUCUUCGUGGGCGCGCGGCUCCACAACGACUCGGCGACGCUGGCGCUGCUCCUCGAGUCGUGCUGGGCGAGCGCGAGCCCAGAGCCGCGGCGAGGGACCCCCUACCCCCUCAUCGGCCCACCGGGCUGCCCGGUCGAGGAGUCGGUGGCCAUCCACCAGGGCAACGGGGUGAACACGAGCGCCGUGUUCAGCGUCAAGGUGUUCACGAUCAUCGACGCCGACUCCGUCUACAUCCACUGCCAACUCGGCAUCUGCGCGGGCUUCUGCGCUCCGGAUUGCGACGGCGUGGCCGAGGCCCAGGGUUCGGAGCCCAGGAGCGGCGUUCAGGGCCACCGCGUGCUGUCGUCGCGGCGGAUAGAGAGAGUCCAGUCCGACGAGUCCGACUCCAUGCCUGAAGAUGACUCCUCUCCCGCCUCCUCCUCCAACUUUCUGGGAUUGCUGGCACUGGGGGGCGGCAUCGCCCUGGUGCUGUGCGCCGUGGGCGCCUUCCUCGUCACGGCGUGGCGCGCGAGGGCACGCGGGAGCGAGCGCGAUCCCCAGUGGCGGCAGCUGGGUCGGCGAGGGGUGGGAGGAGGAGAUGGAGGGUGGGGGAGCGGAGGGUUCUACCCUGGGCGCGACAACCCCGUGUUUACCGCGGGGACUUGGCGCAUCCCUCGCCCGCAGAUCGUGACGGAGUGAGCGGCGCGUGGGGGUGGUGGCAGUGGUGGUGGGGUGGACGCGUGGUACAUACUAGUAUUGAUCAUUUAGACACACCACACUGAUCAUAUAGACACACCACACACACGCUGAUCAUAGAGACAAACACUACACACACAUAUGCUGAUCAUAUAGAUACUCACAUUGAUCAUAUAGACACUCACAUUGAUCAUAUAGACACACACACUGAUCAUAUAGACACACAUAUACUGAUCAUAU